GGUAUGGCGAAGAAAUGGUUUGUGUGGUCACAGGUAGUGAUGAGCAUGUUAAUGGUGCAGAUUUUCGUAACGGGUCAGCAGCUGCUGUCGAGGGUGAUACUGUCUGAGGGAACGUUCAUUUUUGCACUCAUGGCUUACCGUCACUUUGUUGCCGCCAUUUGUGUUGCCCCUUUUGCUUUCUAUUUCGAAAGGUACGUACUGAAGUUGAGCAGCUGGUCAGUUUGGUGCUGGCUUUUUCUUAGCGCCUUAACCGGGAUAUCGGUGGCUAUGGGAUUGUUCUAUCUUGGUCUCCGAGACACUACAGCUACAUAUGCUACCAACUUCCUCAGCUUAAUUCCAAUAGUUACCUUUGUCUUGUCUGCAAUCACAGGAGUUGAGAAACUGGGGCUGCAUGCAUUGGCAGGCAAAUUAAAGGCACUGGGGGCAAUUCUUUGCGUAGCAGGAGCACUGACUACCAGUCUCUACAAAGGAAAAGCUUUCCAUCUCGGUCAUCACGGCCUUCACCCCACUGCUGCAUUGGAGACAUCUAUGCCCCAUUGGGGUCGCGGCACUUUCAUGCUGCUUGGCAGUUGCUUGUCCUACGCUACCUGGUACAUAGUUCAAGUUAAGGUUCUCAAAGUUUUCCCAUCAAAAUACUGGGCAACAAUGUUAAUAUGUAUCAUAGCAUCAAUGCAAUCACUGGUAAUAGGUUUAUGCUUUGAUAGACGCAAGGCUUCGUGGAGAUUAGGGUGGAAUCUGCAACUAGUUACCAUAUUUUACUCGGGAGCACUUGCCACUGCUGCAACUUUCUGCUUGAUUGUGUGGGCAAUUACAAUCCGAGGCCCCACUUAUCCCCCAAUGUUCAACCCUCUGUCACUGGUUUUUGUGGCCUUCUCAGAAGCUCUCAUACUCGGUGUAGAUAUCAGACUCGGAACCUUGCUAGGCAUGGUUAUGAUUAUUGUUGGGUUGUACUCCUUUUUGUACGGCAAGAAAAAGGAGAUGGAAGUCCUGCGUCGGACCAAAAAUGAUGCAGCUGAAGUAGUUGCUUCAACAACUCGAGAAACUGCAGGUGUGCAGUCGAGGGUGGCUGCAUGCUAG